UGAUUUAAUAAAAAUUGGCAAAAAAUUAUGAUUAACAUCUUUUUGUACUUAAUUAUGAAAUAAAUUGGAAAGUAUACAAUUUAUGGCUUUUAUACAUUUUGAACGUCAUUAGAAUUUAUAAAAAAAUCGUAUUGAAAUUAGACUUUAUUAUUAUUUUUUAUGUGGUAAUUUUAUAGAGUUAAUAAAACAUGUGUAAAUAGUCACGGCUUGUUAACUAACAAAAUAAUGGGUUUGACGAUUUACCACAAUUUUUUUUUUACAAAAUCAACUAAUAAUAUUUACUUUGCAAUUUAUGUUAAUGAAGAUGGCGCACGAUCAGAAAGACGACGAGGUACCUCACGACUGUUCAUUGUUUGAUAUAAUCUUGUACACAUUCUUGUUCUAUAAGAAAACUUGUAUUAGGUAGGAUCUCAAUCUUGGAAGUUUAGCAACCCCAUUCAAAGCAAGAUACCCACAAAUUUUUACCAAGAUUUCACUAGUGGAAUUUCUCUUGUCUUCUAUCACAUAAUCCUGUAAUCUAUAUAUGCAUGUACAAUCGAAAGUAAUACCAUUAACAAUGAAGAUUAAUAAAUAUCGCCAAUGUCAGGAAGCCGUAUAGUAAAAGAUCAUCAGGAAGACUCCGCAAGCCAUGGUCUGUGUGGCUAUGAGGUAUUAGCCAACAUAAUAAUACAAUUACAAAAUUAACUUUUUGACAGACUUUUUAUUUUGCGUCUGUUCUGUUUUGCUUCAAAAACAAUUGUGUGCAAAUAUAAAAAUAAUAACAAAUGAACUACAAUUUGUGUUUUUAAAUGGAGCUGCUGCCACAGCACGCUACAGUCUGACUCAUAGACAGCGACAUCACAAGAAGAAAAUUAACAAAAAUAGUCGGAUAGAACAGAAGAAAUCCUUAUUAGGAGGAAGAAGUAGAUGAAUAUGUGGGAUAAUUAACAAGAGUCAUUUUUCUAAGAUUUUUUUUGUUAUCUGUUUCAUCCAAGCUCAGUUCCGCCCCAGGUAUACAUUGCUCAACCGGGUGGAUGUUUUCGUCUACCGACCAAGAGAUUUCUAAUCCGACCGCAAUGGCAUGUAUCUUCGUUUCUGAGUAUCUCAGCUGCACUGACUCAAUCCUUUUACAUAUCAUGCAAAUAUCGGUUGCGUAAGCAACGAGUAGCACACUUUUAGGCAGAUUAAUUUUCUUUUCCAGCCUAUAGGAAUUGUUUCAUUCUACCAUAUCUUUGUUAUCCAUGUAUGCAAUUUACAUAUUUCUGAAGAAAUUUCAACAAUACCUUGCGGUUUGUUAUUUUUGGAGCAUUUAUUGUUUCUCUACCUUCUUGUAAUGUUGAAGGUUCUGCAUUUUGUUCCGCCAGGUUUGCUUGCCUAGUAGAUCAUUCUCGUAAAUUCGUUUCUUGUUUCUAUAUAGUUUGUCGUCUCUCUUUCUUAAGUUUGUCUUUUUUAGGUUCUCCUUUGUAUGUAUCUUUCAUGUGCCCCACUUAUUUUCUCUAUUGCCUGUUUACAAUCGUCAUCAAACAGAUAGCUCUAUUUGUGUCUUUGCUGCCUAUUGUUGUUUUGACCACUUCUCCAACUCUGUUUUGGUGCUGUUCCAGUCAUCUGUCACGCUAACAUUGUUUUCACAUAUCAGUCUUGAUCUUAUUUAACUUUCUAAGUUUGUCCCUACUUGGCAACCGUAGUCUAUUCAGUUUCUGUAUUUUCUCUUUGUCCGUGUGAGUACUAUUUUUGGAUACAACAUGCUCUUCUUGUUUUGAGAUGUAGGGUAAGAUCAAUUCGCAGCUGUUUGUCCAUUGUGUUGGAAGCAUGUUUUAGGUUACUUUCAUAUCUUUACUAAUGCCAAAGUACAUUCACAUUGUUUUCUCCGUGAAAUGAGUGUUUCGCUAUCGUGCCAGUAAACUUUUCCUAGUUUGGCAUUCAUAUUUUCCAAGAUCAUUUUGAUUACAUUGCUUGGUGAAUUAUCAUAAACUUCCUUUAAAAGUUGGUAAAAUUUUUUUUUGACAUCUUCCUUUUGCACCUCUAUGGGCAGUCGAUGUUUAGUCUUUAACUUCAUUACCUUCACUGUGCUCUUAAUAUUGCCAUCAUCUUACGUUUCCUUAGUUCGUCGAGUAAUGCUAGUAAUAGGGUUUAUUUAAAGUUCUCAUCGUGAUUGGUUCCACCAAGUAGAAAAAAGUGUUAUAAUUUUAAAAUAAAAUAAAUAAUUUUUUUAUGCUAUCCAUUACAUAACAACCACGGUGUGUUUAAUUUGGAACAUAAAGGUAGCGAAAUAAACUAACAAUUUUUGCUUUAUUUUUAUGUCAGUUUCUGUGUAUGAAUAAUUUAAUAAAAAUUUUAUUAAAUCUCAUAGAAAAUUUAUUAUUUAAUUAGACAUUAGAAAUGAGUUUCUUGUCUUCAUUUCUUUCAUGUGACAACUAAGGAAAAUCAUACCAGACGUCAAUUGAAAUUAGGCAUGGUCCACUUAAUGAUUCAACUUAUUAAUUUAUUUUUCAUUGCUGUUUUAAACUUUGAACAUCUUUCGAUCGGGGACUUUUUUGCGAUUUAAUCAGUUGUUGAUAAAUCUUUAAUCGGAUCUUAGAAAUUAUAUAAAUUGAUACAUUUCAAACGUUUGAAUAGACUCCAAUUGUCUUUUUAUAACUAAACAUGAAACUUUUCAUUGUAUUGGCUACAAUUUUAGCUGGUGCUUUUGCCGCACCUUCUACUAAAAUCAUCAGUGGUGAAGAUGCCGAAAGAAAUGAAUUCCCAUAUCAAGUCUCCGUUCAACUAAAUCGCGACGGUGCUUGGUUCCACAAUUGUGGUGGUGCAAUCUUAGAUGAAGACACUAUCGUAACCGCUGCUCACUGCUUAUUCGAACAUGAUUUGGCUGAUUUGAGAAUCGUAGUUGGUAUCUUGGAUUUAGACGAAAUUGAUGGUCCAUCCGACGCGCGAGUUUUUACAGUAACCAACACAAUCAUACAUCCAGACUACAUUGGGGGGGCCGGCGUUGGUCCUAACGACAUUGGUAUUAUUAAAAUCAGCGAUCUUUUCUUUUGGACCGAUGCUGUUCAACCCGUUAGUCUUCCGGUAGCUGAUGCCGUUUUCACUGGUCCCUCCGUUGUAUCUGGUUGGGGAUCCACCUUUCCUAUUAUAAUUCCGAUUAUGCCAAAUCGCCUUCAAAAAGCUAACACGCCUUUAUUGAGCUAUCAAGAAUGUUUCGACGCAUUGCCUGCGACAUCUGCUGACAAAUUGGAUGAACGUAGUAAUAUUUGCACCGGAGGUUUAGAUGAAGGAAUCUUGGGGGCUUCUUGUUACGGUGACAGUGGUGGCCCAAUUGUCCAAGAUGGUGUUCUUGUUGGCGUCGUUUCUUGGGGAGUUUCGUGUGGUAUGACUGGAGCUCCAUCAGUACAUACCAGAAUUGCUUCAUUUAUUGAUUUUAUUCAAGAAUAUAUGUGUGUAUAUUGUCUAAUUAUUUUAAUCAAAUUUAAUCAAACAGCCGCACCUUCUACUAAAAUCACCAAUGGUGAAGAUGCCCAAAGAAAUGAAUUCCCAUAUCAAGUCUCCGUUCAAAUAAAUCGCAACGGUGUUUGGUACCACAAUUGUGGUGGUGCAAUCUUAGAUGAAGACACUGUCGUAACCGCUGCUCACUGCUUAAUCCGAGAAGAUUUGAAUUAUUUGAGAAUUGUAGUUGGUAUCUUAGAUUUAGACGAAAUCAAUGGUCCAUCCGACGCGCAAGUUUUUAGAGUCACCAACACAAUCAUACAUCCCGGCUACAGUGGGAGCAUUGGUCCUAACGAUAUUGGUAUUAUUAAAAUCAGCGUUCUUUUCUUUUGGACCGAUGCUGUUCAACCUGUUGGUCUUCCGGUAGCUGAUGCCGUUUUCAGUGGUACCUCCGUUUUAUCAGGUUGGGGAUCAACCUCAACCGGUUCGACUGUGAUUAUGCCAAAUCGUCUUCAAAAAGCUAAUACGCCUUUGUUGAGCCAUCAAGAAUGUUACGACGCUUUUGUUGCGUUAGUCGGAUCUCCUUUGCAUUUGGAUGAACGUAGUAAUGUUUGCAGUGGAGGUUUAGAUGAUGGAGUCGCUGCUUGUUCUGGUGACAGUGGUGGUCCAAUUGUCCAAGACGGUGUUCUUGUUGGCGUCGUUUCUUGGGGAGUUUUGCCAUGUGGUAGAGCUGGAGCUCCAUCAGUACAUACCAGAAUUGCUUCAUUUAUUGAUUUUAUUCAAGAACAUAUGUAAAAGAAUCUAUAUAUAUUUAGAAUUCAUGGAAAUAAUAGCAAAAUAACUUUGUGGUCAUCUCUUUUUCACCUUAUUUUUGGUCAAUAAAUUAAUAAUAUGGUGUCGACCAAUGAUGCUAAA